AAAAGUUGUGGCCGGUCCAGCAGGAGUUAGCGACAGGGAGGGAUGCGCGCCUGGGUGUAGUUGUGGGGGAGGAAGUGGCCAGUUCAGGGCCUCAAGGGACAGACAGGGAGAAAUGACUGAGUUGGAUGAGACUAGGGGGCGGGCUGGAGGUGCGAGAAGGAAGCUUGGCAAGGAGACUAGGUCUAGGGGGACCACAGUGGGGCAGGCUGCAUGGAAAAUGUCCGCAGGAGCCCCCAGGGAGGACAGCCACGCUCCAGGCCAGGCUGUCCCUACUGCCUGCUGGAGGGGGAACUUGACCUCUGGGAGGGCGCCGCUCUUGCAUGGCUGAGCGAGCCCGGGUGCGCUGGUCUGUGUGGAAGGAGGAAGGCAGGGAGAGGUAGAAGGGGUGGAGGAGUCAGGAGGAAUGGGCCGCUGCAGCCCUGGAAAUGAUCAGGAAGGCAGGCAGUGGGUGCAGGGCUGCAGGAGGGCCGGGAGGGCCGAGCUUCAACUUGUCCAUGCCAGCAGCCCCUUUUUUUCCAGUCCAAGGGCUGUGAACCCGCCUGGGGAUGAGGCCUGGUCUUGUGGAACUGAACUUAGCUCGACGGGGCUGACCGCUCUGGCCCGGGGUGGUAUGUAAUUUUCGCUCGGCCUGGGACAGGACCCAGGCCGGGCCCAGCCUGGUGGAGCGUCCAGGGCUGGGUGCGAAGCCAGGCCCCUGGGCGGAGGUGAGGGGUGGUCUGAGGAGUGAUGUGGAGUUAAGGCGCCAUCCUCACCGGUGACUGGUGCGGCACCUAGCAUGUUUGACAGGCGGGGACUGCGAGGCACGCUGCUCGGGUGUUGGGGACAACAUUGACCAACGCUUUAUUUUCCAGGUGGCAGUGCUCCUUUUGGACUUUUCUCUAGGUUUGGCGCUAAACUCUUCUUGUGAGUUCACUCCACCCCUUCUUCCUCCCUUUAACUUAUCCAUUCACUUAAAACAUUACCUGGUCAUCUGGUAAGCCCGGGACAGUAGCCGAGUGGCUGUUGGAGUUGGUAUUGCUGGUAAUGGUGGAGGAAGAGAGGCCUUCCCGCUGAGGCUGGGGUGGGGCGGAUUGGUGUUGCUUGCCUGCAGAGAGGGUGGGGAGUGAAUGUGCACCCUUGGGUGGGCCUGCAGCCAUCCAGCUGAGUGUUACAAAAAUGCCUCAUGGACCGUGGUUUGUUACUAUAGUGUUCCUCAUGGCGAGCAGAUGGAACCGGGAGACAUGGAGCCCCUGGCCAGUGUGAGUCCUAGCAGUGCAGGAGGGGAGACCCUGGAGGAGAGAGCCCGCCUCAAUUGAUGCCUGCAGAUUGAAUUUCCAGAGGCUUAGGAGGAGGAAGUUCUCCAGUGUUCUGUUUCCAGGCCUUGCUCAGGAAGCCCUGUAUUCAGGAGGCUACCAUUUAAAGUUUUCAGAUGAGCUUAUGGGGGGCAAUCUUAAAAAGUCCACAGCAGAUGCAUCCGGCUCGAGGGUCCAUCGGCUUUGAAUAAAUGCUUGUUCCAGAGCCCAUGAAUGCCAGCAGGCACCCCUCCUUUCCUGGGGUAAAGGUUUUCAGAUGCUGCACCUUCUAAAUUGAGCCUCCGGUCAUACUAGUUUUGUGCUUGGAACCUUGCUUCAAGAAGAUCCCUAAGCUGUAGAACGUUUUAACGUUGAUGCCACAACGCAGAUUGAUGCCUUGUAGAUGGAGCUUGCAGAUGGAGCCCGUGACCUCUCACCUACCCACCUGUUUGCCUGCCUUCCUGUGCGUUGCUCCGAGAAGUUCUUAGCCUGAUGAAAUAACUUGGGGUGUUGAAAAGCUGUUUAAUUUUAAAUGCCUUAGACUGGGGAUAUAUUAGAGGAAGCAGAUUGUCAAAUUGAGGGUGUCAUUGUGUUGUGCUAAACUCUGGGAGGGUACAAGUUGGUCAUUCCUAAAUCUGUGUGAGGAAUGGCAGGUCUAGUUUGGGCGUUGUGAUUGCAUUGCAAAUUACUAGGAGAAAGGAAUGGUGGGUAUACCGGUAGUGCUCUUUUGUUCUUGCUCCUUUUUUUUAAACUUCAACUUUACUUUUGUUAGAUUUCAUAAUACUUUUUUGGCAUUCUAGUAAGAGGACCCUGAGGUGGGAGUUGUGGGGGACAGGGAGAAGGGGACAGCUUGGCACUGGUCACGUGGGCGUUGCAGUGUGGGGGAUGGGGGUAUGCAGCUUGGCACUGGUACUGGGAGGGAUGAGGGUGAAGAAGGGGAGAGGGUUGGUUAGAGAUAUAGUGUGGGUGGUAGGAAGUGCAGGUUGAAGGGAAUUCUCUGGGGUUUUGGGGAAUUUAGUGCGUGGGUGAGCCAAGAAAAUACUAAUUAAUAGUAAGUUGUUAGUGUUGGUUAAGUUGUUGCUUGGAAGUGAGAAGUUGCUUAGAAACUUUCCAAAGUGCUUAGAACUUUAAGUGCAAACAAACAAAAAUUGUUUUGCUUUGCUACAAGGUGGGGAAGACUGAAAAAGUGUAACAAAACAGAUGACACAGAGUCACCAGUUUCCGAGAACCAAAGGGAGGGGAAAUGUCUUUACCAGCUUCCUCCUGGUGGCCAAGGCAGCCUGUUUCAGAGGGUUGUUUUGUUUGGGGUGUGGGUGUUAUCAAGUGAAUUAGUCACUUGAAAGAUGGGUGUCAGACUUGCAUACGCAGCAACAGAUCAGCAUCCUUCACUGCUCCUUAGCAACUUAGGUGGUUGAUUUGAAACUGUGAAGGUGUGAUUUUUUCAGGAGCUAGAAGUCUUAGAAAAGCCUUGUAAAUGCCUAUAUUGUGGGCUUUUAACGUAUUUAAGGGACCGCUUAAGACGAGAUUAGGUGGGCUCUUCUGGAUUUGUUACUCAUUUGUCACAGGUAUCUUGUGAUUGAAAAUCAUGAGCGAAGUGAAAUUGCAUUGAAUUUCAAGAGAAUUUAGUAUGUAAAUCGUGCCUUAGAAACACAUCUGUUGUCUUUUCUGUGUUUGGUGGAUAUUAAUAAUGGCAAAAUUUUUGCCUAUCUAGUGUCUUCAAAUCGUGUCUUUUUAACAACUGAAUAAUCUUUUGUGGUCACUGUAAAAUUAGUAUUUGGUAGCAGACAGAAUCCAUGUACCUUUGCUAAGGUUAGAAUGAAUAAUUUAUUGUAUGUUUAAUUUGAAUGUUUGUGCUUUUUAAAUGAUCCAAGACUAGAGGGGAAACUAUCACUUAAAAUCAGUUUGGAAAACAAGAGCUAAAAAGGGAAGGGGAUGGGGAUUGUGGGGAGAGAGUGGGUGAGGUGCUUUUACUACAUGUGUGAUCUGAAAACCCUGCUUGGUUCUGAGCUGCAUCUAUUGAAUUGGUAAAGUAAUACCAGUGGCUUUUUAUCAUUUCCUUCUUCCCUUUAAAUUUCACUUGAAAUUUUAAAAAUCAUAGUUAUUUUUAUCCUUGGGAUCUUUCUGUCUUCUGGGUUCCAUUUUUUAAAUGUUUAAAAAUAUGUUGACAUGGUAGUUCAGUUCUUAACCAAUGACUUGGGGAUGAUGCAAACAAUUACUGUCGUUGGGAUUUACAGUGUAUUAGUCAUGCAUGUGUGGGGAAAUAGUCUCGGGUAUGCUGUUGUGAAAUUGAAACUGUAAAAGUAGAUGGUUGAAAGUACUGGUUGUUACAGCUCUGUAUGGUAAGAACUAAUUCUGUUACGUCAUGUACGUAAUUACUAAUCACUUUUCUUCCCCUUUACAGCACAAAUAAAUGUUUGAGUUCUAAACUCAUUAGAAUUGUUGUAUUGCUAUGUUACAUCUCUCGACCUCUAUCACAUUGCCUUCAUAACGACGUUGGAUAUAUCUUCAUAUUGUAGAUUUAGGUCUAGAUUUGCUAGCUCCAAGUAAUUAAGGCCAUGUAGGAGCGCAUGGUAACCACAGAUAGAACUGGUAUUAUCCCAAGUGGUCUGCAGACUGCUGAGUGGGGAUGGGAUCUGCUCUCUGUUGGGAGUUGGUAAUCAUUUGUUUGAAAUGUGAUGAGACCACUCAAGCCAAUGAAGGUGGGCGUGUAGGUGGGGAGUACUUUGCCAUAAUAUUUUAAAACAUUACCUGGUUAGAGUUCUAAGUGGUACUUAUUUUUGUUUGGUUAGGGGAAAGCCUGAAUAAAAACAGAAAUGGACACAUAAUAUGCAUAUUCCAUAGUCUUUGGGAGGCUGGAAUGUGCCUGGGAUUUGGGUCUAAGUGUAUGCGUAAUUCUUAUCUCACUAAAGAAUUUGCCUUGUUUUUUUCCUUUUGGUGAGUGACUAAAACGUCUGGGCUUCCCUGUGUGCAUGCUACACUAAGCAAGCAGAGGCUGUGCAGAGGUGUGAGCCAGAAUCAUGUGGAAUCUGGAGGAUACAUCUUGGCUUGCAAACUGCCUCUGUGUCCUGGGUGGGACUGUUCUGUCCUUGCACUGCUGUUCUGUGUUACCUCUUGGGGUGUAAGGUUUUGCUUACAGGAGACAAACUUUGGGCGUAGAAUGGAAGUCACUGCCAGCCUCUGUGCUGAGAAGGAAGGUGCUUGUUUCAAAGGGAGCAGCAAGGGAGGCUUGUUCUACUCACCUGGGCCUGUUUGCCUGAGAAGGGGAGAUAAGGGCUGAACUGGGACUAGCCAGGGGGACCAACACAAAUGGUGGGGGAUCAUGACCUGAAGGAUUCUUUCCUUCCCAUGAGCUGCGGGACUGGUUGCUGUCCCUGCAACUGUGUCUUGUUUGCCUGUGCCAUUGUAUCUUGGUGACCCGUCCACGUGUACACUACUGACAAACGGGUGGAGUGCUGGGAAGAAGUCACUGAGCCGCCUACCUAGUAAACCUUCUGUCUGUGCUCAUGGCACCGCCAAGAUGGGGCACUGCUGUGUGCAGAAUCCAGGGUCCUCUUUCUGCUUGCCACUCCUUUCCCUAGAUGCCCCGGAAACAAUCCAGGCCUCCUUUCCUAUCUUACCCCUUUGCUUUGCUUUUUACCCCAGCACCUCUAUAACUGCCUUCUCUUUUCAGAACUUGUUUCUCGUCUUGUUUUUUAUGAUUACAAAACUCUUUCUUCCACCCUGGAAAAUAACUGCUAUAGACGCCUGUAUGUAAAUGGUGCUGUCUCCAGCAACUGGCAUGCUGAAGAAUUGACUCAUAGGGUAUAAAUGUUGGGGAUUGGAAGUGGGGAUGAAAUGGCACUUGUUGAUACAGGAGCAGAGAGGUGAGGCCGACUGCUGAAGACAGCUCGCCACCCUCCUUGCCUCCACUCCAAUCCAGGGGCUGGGGCCACAUUCUUUGCCUUCAUUUACCCUCAGAUCAGGUGAGAUCGACAGGAGGUGUUGAUGGCAGUGCCAGCAAUUAUUGCUAAUCCGUUUCCAUCCUUAUGCAUAGAUCGGAAUUCACUUUGUGAAUUUCCAGAGGUGUGGGUAAUAUAAUGGAAUUCAGUGAGUGGGCAUGGCUUAUCUUGUGCAAAUUAAAAGUUAUGGGGCAUAAGAAUAACAAAAGUUGAACUUGAACUUUUAAAAAGGAAAGUACCCUGAGAGCCAGUAUUGGUUGAGGCUCCUCAGUAUGCCCAGGUUGGCAGCACUGAGAACUGCAGGAACAGCCUGUGUUACAAAAAGGAGAUUGACUCAGCUGCCCUUGGUGCAUCUUACUGACUAUGACUGCUGAGAGAUUCCAGGGACCCUUAAUGCCAGGACUAACCUCUCCAUGUGCAGUGAGGCCUCUGGAGGAAGUGUUAUCCUCUGGCUUUGUGUGGUACUCAUUAUGGUGCAGUGCUGGCAUGAAAUGAAGACAUGCCCAAAUAGGCUUACAGAUAUUUAUGAUAUGUUUUAAAUGUUCAUAUUUAACAAACAAAAACAUACUGAUGCUGUUUGGAAAUGGCAACAAGAAGAUAGCAAAAUGAAUACUAACAUUACGAAAAGAUGAGCAGGUACAUGUUCCAAGGCAGGUGGCUGUGACCUUCCUCUGAGUGAGGGCAUCCCCUCCAGCACCUUUCAGCCUGCUGGUUAGGACGACCCGCCGCCACCCUCCAGGACUCCCAGCCCUGCACUGCCUUUCCUCUCUUUUAAAUAAUUCUUCAUUGAGUUCUAAUAUGUAAAAAAAAAAAAAAAAAAAAAAGUUUACUGUAAAGUUUGCAAAUAAGGAAAUUUUUUUUAAAAGUCCUCAGUAAUCUUACCAGUAACAAUUGUUAUGGGCACAUUUGCUUUUGGAGGAUUUCUUUUGUAUGCAUGGGAUAAGUACAUUUUUAAACAAAAAUGGGAUUAUGCCAUAAAUUUAUUUUGUGACUUUAAUAUAUAGUGAACACCUAUUUAAAUGAUGACAGGAUGUUCCCUUGCAUGGCUGUAUCAAUUUAAACAAUCUUGUUUCAAUAGACAUAUAGGGUAUUUUCUAGUUUUUUUUCCUCUUAGAAAAUAAUACUUGUGAUGACUUUCCUUGUAGCUCAGACUUUUUCAUGUCUGUUGUUAUCUCUUUGGGAAUGCUGAAUACAUACACUUCGAGAAGGAAAUGACUCUGUUAAACUCUUAAGACUUCAGGUUCAUAUUGCUAAACUGCCCACCAGGGAGGGAUUUUUUCAAUUAGUGUUCUCACUAGUGAGGCAAACCUGAUGCCUUCCCCUCUUCCUCAGAACGGGCUUUAUCACAUUGAAAACCUUUGCUCCUCCAACGGAUCGAGUCUGCUUUCCCUGUGGGUGUGAGCAUUGCUUUGUCUGCUGGCCAUUUGUGGUGUGUGUGUGUGUGUAUGAUUUUCUAAUUCCUAAUUAGUCAUUUUUCUGUUGGUUGUUUUGCAAAAGCUAUUUACAUCUUAAGGAUAUUGAUAAUCUUUUGUUAUGUUUGAUGCAAGUAUUUUUUUCCAGUUUAUAGGUUGCCUUUUAAUUUUGUGUUUCAGGUAGAUAAAGUUACGUGAUUUUCUUAGGUUAGUUUAUCACUGUGGUUUCUGAACUUGUUAUGUGUAGAUCUUUUCCACCCCAAGAGUACAUAAAUAUUAAUCCAUACUUUCUUGUGGAACUUGUAUGGUUUCGUUUUUUACAUUUAAACCUUAUUCCCCGUGGUGUGUGUUGUGGAGUCUUUAAACCUUAUUCCCCGUGGUGUGUGUUGUGGAGUCUGUGUGUUUGUGUGAGGAGGGACAUGGUGCUCUCAGAGCCCACCUCCUGUGGCCAGAGAGCCCUGUCCUGUGAGGGUUGUUGUCACAGUGGCAGGGUUCACUGCAGAAGACCUCGAGGGCAGGCUGGUGUUUCCUGAAUGGGCCCCUGGUUGUUGCUCAUCCCUGACUCUCCAUUUCCCCAUCUGAGUGGGUUUGGACCUAAUAGGGCACUGGAGCUGGUUCGAAUCCUGACUGGACUUCUUGGCAACUUUAUGUCUGGGAGCAAGUUACUUAACCUCCCCGAGCCUGUGUCUGUGAAAUGCGGGUAAAGAAUGUAGAUGUUUGGCAGCAGCUACUCCUUGUUGAGCUCUCACAGUGAACUCUCCUGCCUCUGCCCUCCUUCCCCGCCUCCUCUGGUGCCUAGCGUCAGGUCCAGCCACUUCCUGCUGGGCCCCUCUCCCUUUUCUGUGGCUGGCUGCCUGCCGCCUGGCUCUGGACCUUUCAAGCAACGGGAAUCAGCGUGUAUAUUCUGGUCUGGUCUGUUUCUACACUUAAUUUUGUUUCCAGUAGUGUUUCCCUGUACCAGCAGAGUUCACAAACACAUUUGAAGAGGUUUUUUCUCAGGAUUCUUAACCUUCCCAAAGGAAGUCCCAUGGAUGGGUUUCUAGAAGUCUAUAAAUGCUCUGAAAUUGUAUUUUUCUGUGGAAAGCAUAACUUGUAUCUGCUUGUUCAUGCUCAAAAAAGAUCAUGAAUGAAUGAUUGCAUGAUUUUUUGCCAGUGUGCUUAUACUAAAGGAUAUUUAGCCCAUCUCUUGAGUUGUUAAACUGUUUUGACUAUUUUAAAUCGUGCAGCUGUGAGCAUCUCUGUACAUGUGUAUCUCCUGGAGUGGCAUUGCCUCGGCAGUGAGCACUUAACGGUUUCAUAACUCUCUUCACAGACUCAAAUGACUCCAGAAAGCUACACUUCCUGUUGUGAGUAUAUUAUAUCCAUUUCCCUAUAUAGCCACUAACAUCAGGUUUUUACAAUUUUAUUUAUUUAUUGCUACUUUAAGAAAUUUUUGUGUGAAAUACAUAUAAUAGAAGUUUACUAUCUGAAUCAUUUUUAAGUAUACAUUCAGCAGUGUUAAGUAUGUCGCCAUUGUUGUACAACCAAUCUCCAGAACUUUUUCAUCUUGCAAAACAAACUCUGUACCCAUUAAAUAACAUUAAACAUUCCAUUCCCUCCAGCCUCAGCAACCCCAUUCUUUCUACUUUCUGUUUCUGUGAGUUUGACUAUUCCAAGCACUUCAUAUCAGUUAAAUCAUGAAGUAUUUGUCUGUCUGUGACUGGCUUAUUUCUCUGAGCACAGUGUCCUCAAGAUGCGUCUAUGUUGUAGCAUAUGUCAGAAUUUCCAUAAUAUUCUUAUUUUAUAUCAUUUUUUUAACCCAUUCAUCCAUUAGUGGAUGCUUGGGUUGCUUUUGGCUAUUGUAAAUAAUGGUGCUAUGUACAAAUAUCUAUAUUAUUGUAUUUACAAGUAUAAUGCUGUAAUGUACACACAUCUUUUUGAGAUCCUACCUUCAGUUCUUUUGAGUAUAUAGCCAGAGUGGUAUUACUAAAUCUUACGGUAUUUCUAUUUUUAAUUUAUUGAGGAACCACUGUAUGUUUUUCAUAGCAACUGCACCAUUUUACAUUCUCACCAAGAGUGCACAUGGGUUCCGAGGUUCCCACAUCCUCCCCAACAGUUGUUAUUUUCUGCUUUUUUUUAGAUCGCGGCCAUCAUAGUGGGUGUGAGGUGACAUUUCAUUGUGGUUUUGAUUUGCAUUUCCCUAAUGAUGAGUGAUGCUGAGCAUCUUUUCAUAUGCUUACUGGUCAUUUGUAUGUCGUCUUUGGAAAAAUGUCUAUUCAAGUCCUUUGACUAUUUUAAAAAUUGGGUUAUUAGAGUUAUCGUUGUUGUUGACUUGUAGGAGUUUCUUUCUAUAUUCUGGAUAUUAAUCCCCUAUCAGAUAUAUGAUUUGCAGAUAUCUUCUCUUAUUCCAUAAGGUUACUUUUACACUUUGUUGAUUGUAUUCUUUGAUGUACAGAAGUUUUUAGUUUUGAAAUAGUCUAAUUUAUCUGUUUUACUUUUGUGGUCUGUGCUUUUGGUGUCAGAUCCAAGAAAUCCUUGCCAAAUUCAAUGUUAUAAGGUAUUUUAGUUGUCUUAGUCUAUAUUUCUGUACUCACCUUUCUUUAUCCACUCAUCAGUUGAUGGGCAUGUAGGUUGGUUCCGUAUCUUUGCAAUUCUGAAUUGUGCUGUGAUCAGGUGUCUUUUUGGUAUAAUGAUUUAUUCUCCUUUGGGUAGAUACCCAGUAGUGGGAUUGCUGGAUCGAAUGGUUUUUAUAAUUUUCUAUUUUACUACAGUUUCUAUCUGCAUUUUUCCUCUUUGACCACUAACCAUGUGAAAUUCUCAUAUUGACCUUUAUAAUGAUCAUGAACUCUUAGUGUCAUUGGCAAGGCCACAUUUGUCACUUAUGAUUGUAAACCUUAUCCUCCAUUUUUCCUGUUAUUGUUGGUGCAAAAAGCACCUAUUAUACUAGGACUUUAAAAAUCGGUCUGAUAAGUCUUUGAUAAGUCUAAUAAUAAUAACUGAUACGUCCAUUGAAUUUGCUUCUGAUUACUUUUUCUUUAGUAGCUAAACAUGUAUGUACUUCUAUGGUUACAAUGAACACUCCUCUCCAUUUAAAUUAAUUAUUUACACUGAUGAAAUAGCAAAAUUUUAAUGACUAAAUACUGUCUUGGUUUUUUUGUUCUAGGUCAGUCAAUAUUAACUUCUUAUAAUUUUCUUUUUUUUCUUCGUGUGUGUGUGUGUGUAUUUUUUUUUUUUUUAAUUUCAAUGGCUUUUGGGGUACAAAUGGCUUUUGGUCAUAUAGAUGAAUUCUACAGUAGUGAAGUCUGAGAUUUUACUGCACUGGUCACCCGAGUAGUGUACAUUGUACCCAAUAUGUGGUUUUUAAUACCUCGCACCCCUCUUACCCUCCCCACUUUGAGUCUCUAGUGUCCAUUAUGUCACUCUGUAUACCUUUUUGUACCCAUAAGUUAGCGCUCACUUAUAAGUGAGAACACACAGUAUUUGAUUUUCCAUUCCUGAGUUGCUUCACUUAGAAUAAUAUCCUCCAGCUCCAUCCAAAUUGCUGCAAAACAAACAAACAAACAAAAAACAUUAUUUUGUUCUUUUUUAUUGCUAAGUCAUAUUCCAUGGUGUAGAGAUACCACAUUUUAUUUAUCCACUCACUGGUUGAUGGGUUGGUUCCAUAUCUUUGCAAUGGUGACUUUUGCUGCCAUCAAGUGUCUUUCUGGUAUAAUGACUUCUUUUCCUUUGGGUAGAUACCCAGGAGUGGGAUUGCUGGAUCAAAUGGUUCUUAACAUUUUCUGUCUGGAUCUAUUUCUGGAAAUUUUAGGCUCCAGUUUUUGCUGUUGUUUUUAAUAAAAUGCAAUGGAAUGUAAUGAUCAUCACUUUUCAUUAUGCUUUAAAAUCUGGUAAAUGGAGGCUAGAACACUCCUCUAAGGCAAGAAUAUUCUCUCUCUGUUGGAACUCAAAUACACAGAACUGGGUAAAUCUUAAUCUUUGGUUCAGGACAUAACAUGGCUCUCUUUUAUUUGCUUUCUUUAAUUGUUUUUUAAUAAUGUGGUAAGCAUUUCUAAAUCUCCUAUGCAAUACAAAAACUAGGACAAUACAAACAGUAACUCCUAUGGUUACAAUGAACACUCCUCUCCAUUUAAAUUAAUUAUUUACACUGAUGAAGUUGAAAUAGCAAAAUUUUAAUGACUAAAUACUGUCUUUGAUUUUUUGUUCCAGGUCUGUCAAUAUUAACUUCUUAUAAUUUUCUUUUUUUUCUUUGUGUGUGUGUGUGUUUGUAUAUAUAUUUAAUUUCAAUGGCUUUUGGGGUACAAAUGGCUUUUGGUCAUAUAGAAGAGUUCUACAGUAGUGAAGUCUGAGAUUUUACUGCACCUUCCACUUAUGUGGUCCCACACCACCCGCCUCCCCUGCCCGCCCCCUGCCGCCCCCUGGGCCCAGGUACUAAUCAUCCUGAAUCCUGGGUUUAUCUCUCACUUGCUUUCUUUUCAUAUAACUUUGCAAAAGAAUCUGAUCUAAAUGUGUUUUUCAGAGUAUAUAUUUAUAUUUUAGUUGUUCUUAACUUACAGAAAAGUUACUAUUUUGCAUGUAAUGUUAUGGAACAUUCUCAUUUAAUACGAUGGUAAGAUUCAGCCCUUGCCCAGGGGGUAGUUCAUUUAGUUUGUUUACUGGAUAGAGCUCAUCAUGUGACUAUACCUCAGUUAGUUGAUCAGUUCUCCCAUCCAUGGUGACUAGGUUGCCUCUCAGCCUCUCAACAACACUGUUUCUCAGUGUCCUUGUAGAAGUGAUAUGUGGGUGUUUUCUCCUUACGCAGAGUUGAAAGGUGACGACAACAACGUUGGCACUACCAAUCCCCCACCCUCCAGAGGGGUAACCAGUGUUACCAGUUUGCUGUGUUUCCUGAUACACCUCUUCUUAUUCACUUCCAUUUGUAUCUGAAAAAUGUGUUGCAUUGUUUCUUUUCUAUAGAAGUGGUAAAAUACUAUUGUAUCCUGUACAUUAUUGAUUACUUUUUUUCAUUUAACAGUAGGGAGAUGCCUGGGAGUACACAGAGAACUGCCCUCAUUGUUUUCAACUUCUGCACUAUAUGUCUGUGAGUUUAGCCAUUCUGCUAUUAAUGGAAAUUUACAGUAUUCUAAUCUUUUGAUAUUACAAACAGUACUGUGUGAUCAUCGUCAUACACAACCCCUUGUGCACAAUGCAUGAGUGUUUCUCAGGGUAGGUACUAAGAAGUGAAAUUCCUGGGUCAUAGGGCAUGAGUCCGACAUUUUCCUCCAUUCUGCCCUGUUGCCCUCCAGAGUGGGUGUCCAGCUUUGCAUACCUAAGUAUGAGAGUAUCUGUUGUUCAUAUCCUCUACGACGCUCCAUAUAUGAAACUUAAAUUUCUGCUAGUUGCCGUCUUUGAUCUAUCAUGUAUGCAGUGACCUACUAAGACUUUAAUUGGUACAGUAGAUUCUUGUCAUCUGUGUGUGAAUUUAGCAUUCAUGGGCUUAAUGCUGAUAAGGCCCCCAGGGUCCAAGACAUAUAAUCAUGUAUCAUUUUGUCAAGGUAUAAUUUUUUAAAUUGCUCUUGUCAUGUGUCUGCUGGGGAUGCCCAACCCGGUGCUCUGCACCUAGGUCACACUGUGGUUUUGUCCUCUGCUUACGUCUGCGUUGCAGCAACUGUCCUGAAGAGACCAAAAUUAUGCAGAUUUAGGUAAGUCCAUAGCUAAUGUUAUUACAUUAUGUGCUAUUGUAAUGGAUGGGGCUGUGGAGUGUAUGAAUUUAUAAAUCACUGGUCUUGUAAUUAAAAUUCAAACACUAAAGAAAAAGGCCAUGUAGAAGAUAAAAGUUCCUCUAUAAUCCCGGACCCCUAAGAUAACUACUCAUGACAACUUCAUUUAUAUUCCUUCAGACAUUUUCUGGCUGUAGAUGUUCUAAAAUGUAUCCUAUUAUUCUCUGCUCUAAAAUGGAAUCAUGUAAGGUGUACUGUUAUUUUUAUGGCUCUGUGACAUGUAAUAUUGUGCGUGUUUGUAUGGUUAUUUUAACCAUUUUUCUAGUGAUGGCUUUGAGGUUAUUUGCAGUUUCCUAGCCAUCUCAAAGAGUGCUGCAGGGAUCUCUUUUGCAUUCCUCUGGGUGCAGAGCUGAGGCACCCAGAGGCAGUGUCCAGAGGAGGCAGCAUCUGUAGGCAUCUUCACCUGCUCUGGCUCUUGGCACAUCUGGUUUGUGACACUGUUUUGUGAGAUGGGUUGAAAGUAUGUGCUGCCAAAAUAGAAUAAUGUUGGUCUUCUCCUCAUGUGCCGUGGAAUUUGGGUAAAACUGCUUAGUGGCUACAACUGCCUGUCCAUACCAGAAUCGAGUAUAACAUGGUGCCUGGCUUAGCACAAAACAGUAGUGGAUCCUGCAGGUCCCAGAGUCUAAUUCCUGGUAUUCUUUCCCCUAUGCAGAUUAAACAAACAAAAAACAAACUAUUCUAGGAAAGCAUCUGUGACAUUUGUAAAAAGUGGUAUUUAAUGAUCUUUUAUUCACUUGUCUAUUUAGUUUGUUGAAAUCUUAAGUGGCAUCCUGGUCUGGGAAGGAGUGCUGUCUGCACCUCCUCUCCGCUGGGCACAGCGUGGCUGCUUCAGGGGCUAAGUACACACUUUCUGUCUUCUAAGGGGCCGCCACAUGCCAGGAGCUCAGGUGUGAGCCCGGCUCUGGCUCUUACCUCAUAGGGUCAUCACAGGGGCACAGGGAGCUGAACAUUGUACACAGCAAGGCACCACCCAGCUCAGCAUCUGCCCCGGUGGACUUACUACCUCUAGAAGGAAAUACCUGAGUUCCUCUGGCCUCAGCUCCUAGAGUGACUGGUGUGCUGUCCCUCGUACUCUUCUGUCAAGGUGACAACUGUGUGACCCAUCAUCUGUGUGCCAAAGCAAGGCCCUGCCUGGGCCUCUGCUCCUGUGCUGACCCCAAAGGCAAAUGCUUUGCUAGUUUCCUUCCAGUUAAUUUCACCUAUGAAUAGAUGUGUGAAAACUGUUCAAAGCAAUACCUGCACAUGUUCGAACUUCAAACCCUGUGGGUGAUUCAGUGGCAUCUUUCUCUAACCCCCAGCUUCCCUUUCCACAGAGGCCACCGUCGUGGCCAGUUGCUGCAGUUUCUUUCCAGAGAACCUGUGUAUGUGUAAAGCUGUACAGGCAUGGGUACACCACACAGCCUGUCUUGCACUUCGGACUGUUAAGUUACUAGUACAUCUAGGUGAGCACCGCAUAUCUGUAUUCAUGUCUGCCUUGGUCUUUUCAACAUCUGUGUGGUAGCCGUGUUUGAAUUACCCAUUCCCUUUUUGGGGAACCAUUAAGUUGUUUCAGCAAUUUUUACUGUAGAUAAGGCUAUACCGCAUAUCUGUGUACAUGUGUUUUUAUGUACAUGGGCAAGUACAUCUGUGUGGGAAAAGUUUCCUCAGGAGGAAUUCUGGGCACAGCAUGUGUAAAUUUCUGAAUAUGAUGGACGCCCCCAGCUUCCACCUCAAGGAGGUUGGUCCCAUUGACAUUUCCCCACACCUUCACCCAGGCUGUGCUCUUAAACUUGGUUAUUUGUCAAUGUGAGAAGUGGAAAAUAGUAUUUAAUUGUAGUUUUGAUUUGUAUUUCUAUUGGGUUGUAUACUUACUGAUUAAUAAGAGCUCUUUACAUAUUAAGGAAAUUAAUCCUUUUCAAAUACAUUCCUGUUUCUCACUAAUCUUUAAGUUUUAUUGUAAUAUUUUGCUCUUUAGUUUAUAUAUAUAUAUAUAUAUAUAUAUAUAUAUAUAUAUACUAAUUUUCUUUUAUGGUUUCUGGAUUUUAUGAGUAGUUCAAAAAGGCUAAUCCAGCUGAAGAUUUUUUUGUUGUUGUUAAACCCCACGUUUUCUCCUAACUCUUUAUUUUUAUUUUGGAAGACUCUAUCUGGACUUAAUUUUAGCAUAACAAGUGACAGGGUUAGUUAGCCUGUUGUCCUUACACCAUUUUCCGGCUAAUACAGCUAUUAACUAUUGAUCUGUCUAUUCACGUGCCAGUUCCUAAUGGUUUUACAUAGUGUAAUCUGUACUUCAAAAUAGUGAAAGGGAAGCCCUACCUCAUUAUUCUACUUUUCCAGAAUUCUCCUGGCUAUUCCAGGCUGCGUGUUUACCUUAACCUUCCCUGUGAUGUCUUCAUGCCGUUGUCUUCUUAUGCAAGAAUAAGGUGCGUCUUUCCAUCCACUCACAUCUGUUUAAUUUGACUUUGCAUUACAUAGAAAGCUGGUCUUGGUCUGUCUACCUCGGCGUCUAGUUGUCCUCACUGCCCCUGGCUGACCCCACCCCAUCUGACUGACUACCCCAUCACAGACUACUUUUAUUUACAUUUUGCUCGCCUAAUGGUUACUUGAUACUGUCACGCCGACAGUGUCCAGUUCAGUGGUCUUUGCAGUUGAAAUGCUCCUGUACACACUGUCUUGUUAAAAAUGCCAGUAAGUUCAUACAAGCCCAGCUUGCACCCAAGGUCACAUUCAGAGAGAGUAGGGCUGGGAUGGGUUGUUUUCCAAGCCUCUGCCACUGUGUGGCUAGCUCUUCUCACUGGGAAGUUCUGUGUACCCGGAAUGUCAAAAUGGAGUCCUGUUCUAGUGUCUGGCACCUGACCCCUGUGCCCAACCCCUGAACAGCCUAUUCCUGCUGUCCACAGCCUGCUAGAACUUUUUACAAAAUAUGUUGCCAUGCUGGACCCUGGGCACUGGACAUAAGCCCCCUGGCAGCCUUUUUCAUGUUACCCAAAGGGGUAAUUGUCCUGCUGGUGGUCUGUAAGAUGAGUUAGGGUGACUUGCUAAUAGACAUUGUAAAUCUUAAUAUUUAUGUAUGUAUUUUUUUAUUACUGGUUUUCCAUUUAUGAUGGUAAUAUUGUUUCUUCUAAGAAUAUUUUUCCUUCUAAAUAUUGAGAUAAAAUUCAUGCUUUUGAAAUGUUCUAUUCAGUGGCUUUUAGUGUAUUUGCUAUGUUGUGCAACCAUCGACACUAUCCAUUUCUAGAACUUUUUCGUCAUCCCAAACAGAAGCUCUGUAUUCAUAAAAAAUAUCUUCCUACCUGUCUCUUCCCCUAGUCUUUGGUAACCUUUGUUAUACUGGUAAACUUUGUUGUGCUUUCUGUCUGUGUGAAUUUGCCUAUCUUAGGGGCCUCAUAUAAGUGUAAUCAUACAGUAUUUGUCUUUUUGGGUCUGUCUGAUUUCACUUAGUGGGUUUUCAGGGUUCAUUCAUGUUGUAGCAUGUAACAGUACUGCAUUCCUUUUUCUGGCUGAAUAAUAUUCCACUGUAUGGAUAGACCCCAUUUUGUUUAUUCACACAUCAUUUGGACAUUUGGGUUAUUUCUGGGUUUUGGCUAUUAUGAACAAUGGUGCUAUGAACAGUUGCGUACAAGUUUUUGUGUGAACAUAUGUUUUCAAUUCUCUCAGUAUAUACCUAGGAGUAGAAUUACUGGGUCAUAUGGUAACUGUAUAUUUUUGAGGAACUGCCAAACUAUUUUCCCAUGUCCGUGCACCAUUUCACAUUCCCACCGGUAAGUAAGAGGGUUCCAAUUUCUGCGCAUUCUUGCCAACACUAGUUAUUAUCUGACUUUUUGGUUGUAAUCAUUCUAAUGAGUGUGAAGUAGCCUCUGGUGUCAUUUAGAUUUGCAUUUCUCAGAUGGGUGAUACUAUCAAGCACCUUUGCUGGUGCUGUUGGCCAUAUGUGUAUGUUCCCUGGAGAAGUGUCUGUGCUGAGCCUUGGCCCACUUUUUAAUUAGGCGUUUAUCUUUUUACUACUGAGUCGUAAGAGUUCUUUAUAUAUUCUGGAUUCUAGACCCUUAUCAGAUAUAUGGUUUGCAAAUAUUUUCUCCCAUUCUGUGGGUUGUGUUUUCACUUUAUUGAUAAUGUCCUUAGACAUAGAAUAAAUUUGUAUUUUAAAAGUGACUUGAUUUGGCUGUGCAAGGUGGCUUACGCUUGUAAUCCCAGCACUUUGGGAGGCUGAGGUGGGUGGAUCAUAUGAGGCUAGGAGUUCGAGGUCAGCCUGGCCAGAGUGGCGAAAACUUGUCUCUACUAAAAAUACAAAAAUUAGUAGUGCACGUCUGUAAUACCAGCUCCUCGGGAGGCUGAGGCACGAGGAUCACUUGAACCCAGGAGGAGGAGGUUGCAGUGAGCUGAGAUCAUGCCAGGGCAACAGAAAGAGACUUUGUUUAAAAAAAAAAAAAAGUGACUUGAUUUAAGGGAAAAAAUGACUGGUUAUAUUCAGUCAGAUAUGGCAAAAAGUCUCAAGGUGUUAUGUGAAUGAUUAAGGUCUGCGGGGUGGGGGUGUCCCCUAUCAGACUACAGGUGUUUAGAGGGACAGAAAAAGGUGCAGUUGGGUUCUUAAUGUGAAAUGAUGAGAAGCACAAAUCCAGUGUGUCUCUUUGUGUGGAAUGUCAGCAGACACCCCCUGCUACAUGUGCUGGAUCAUGGGAAAGCAUUUCCAUUUGUUACUAGAUUGUUCAGAAGUUUUAAUUUAUGAUGGGUGCGGUGGCUCAUGCCUGUAGUCCCAGCACUGUGGGAGGUUGAGGCAGGAGGAUCAUUUGAGGCCAAGAGUUCAAGAUCAGCCUGGGCAACAUAGUGAUACCCUAUCUCUUAAAAAAGAAGAAUUAUUUUAAUUUGAAAUAAUAGUAGGUACUGGAUUUAUUCAAAUGUCUUUUCUGCGUCUUUUGAGAUGAGUAUCAGGUUUUUUUUCCUUUUAUCAUCUGAUGAUGAACUUAAUUUUUCCAUUUGUAUUAAUGGAAUACUAAGUCCCUCUGUGAUUUCUGAACCAAGCUAUUCCUAGGCCUGAGUUUUAUUUUGUUGACACAGAAAUAAAUUAGAAGGUCAAGUGUGGUGGCAUGUGCCUGUAGUCCUAGUUGCUGAGGUAAGAGGAUUGCUUGAGCCCAGGAGUUCAAGGCUGCAGCAAGCUUUGAUUGCGCCACUGCACUGCAGCCUUGGCGACAGACUAAGACGCUGUCUCAAAAAAAAAACAAAAACAAAAAAAACAAAACAGAAAAAAAUAAACUAAGGCAAUGACAGUCCCUGGCAAAUGCUGGGAGGGAGGCAGCAGUGGUCAGGGAAGGUAACCCUGAAGCAGGACUUGUAAAGCAAAUAAGAUUAGGAGGCCAAGGUGGGUGGAUCAGGAGGUCAGGAGUUCGAGACCAGCCUGGCCAACAUAGUGAAACCCUGUCUUUACUAAAAAUACAAAAAAAUUAGCCGGGUGUGGUGGUGGGUGCCUGUAGUCCCAGCUACUUGGGAGGCUGAGGCAGGAGAAUCUCGAACCCAGGAGAAUCUCGAACCCAGGUUGCAGUCAGCUGAGACUGCACCAUUGCACUCCAGCCUGGGUGAAAGAGCAAGACUCCGUCUCAAAAAAAAAAAAAAAAAAAAAAAGAAGAAGAAAAGGAAUGAAUUAGAACUUCUGCUUGGACUUAAGGGCAUCAUCAAGCAGGUUGUGGGUAGGAUAGCAGGGGAGGCAGAGACACAGUCGGGGUCAGGGGUCAUGAGCGUGGCUUUGAGCCCAAAAACUUGGUUUCUGUUCCCUACUUUGCCACUCAGUAGUGCAUGACUUUGGCCAAAUUUCUUAAAUUCAUGAAGCAAGUUUCCGGGUGAAUGAAAUGGGGAUAAAAAUAGUGUUCAAACCUAUCUGUUGGUUUGUGUGAAACUGAAAUGAGUAGUAUCGUGCAGGUACUUGUGAGCAAGGGGAGCUGCUGUUUCCUGUCCCUUUAUGGUGGGAAAUAUCUAGACAAGUUCCCAACCCUCUGCACUGCAGGCUGCAUGGCCCGGAGGGUCGUGUAACACCAGCUGGGGCUGGCACUUCUUUUAGGAGCUUCAGUGGUUCUGAAAACUUUUGUUUGUUUGUUUGUUUUAGUAGAUGUGGGGUCUUUCUAUGUUGCCCAGACUGGUCUCAAACUUCUGGGCACAAGUGAUCCUCCCCCGCUCAACCUCCCAAAGUGUUGUUGGGAUUACAGGUGUGAGCCACUGUGCCCAGCCUUGAAAACUUUUUCAGGUUCUUCCAGGGUUACUGGGCUAUUAAAUAUUUCUAUUUCAUUAUAAGUCAGCUUUUCAAAGUUAUAUUAUCUUAAUUACCUUUUUUAUAUGUAUUAGUGUAGAGUAGCAUUUUAUAUUUUGAUAUCCUCCUUAUGCAUAGUUUUUUCACUUUUUAUUCCUAGUUUUUCUUUGUUUUUAAUAAGACUUUCAAGAAAUUUAUUUUAUUGGCCUUUUGAAAAAAGCAGCUUUAGAUAAAGUAAGCGGUUCUGCUUUCAUUUUAUCAUUUAUUAAUUUCUACUUUUGUUUCAUUAAUCCUUUCCUCCUGCAUGCCUUGGAUUUUGUUGUGUUGCUCCUUUUCUAGAGGCUUGCAUUGUGUGUCUGGUUCACUUAUGAUCACGCUUGCCUACUUUUAAGAAUGGAAAAGGGGUGGUGAAGGGUGGCUGUGCAGUCGAGGGUGUGAGGCAGUCUUGCUCUAGCCCCACCAUGCCCUCAGCCCGCUGUGGCCACGCUGGUUCCUCAACUGCUGGGGUGUGCAGUGUCUGUAAGGGAGGCUACUGAUGCCAUCUGAGGAAGAUGUAAGGUUUUGUGUGGGCAGCGAGAGCCUAGCAGGCAGGUGGGGUGCCCAGCAAAGGGAAACAGUGGACAGUUGUUGCCUCAUUCCACAGAGUUUUGAUUUUUUUUUUUUUAUGGUCAUUCCAUCAACAUCCCCCAUGGCCAGAGCCUGAGCUGGUCCCCAGAGACACAGGCAUUCAGCUGAUAGCCUCGCCUUCACGCUGCUGCUGUUCUCAUGGGGGACAGGCCUCAGGUGGCAAUGCACAAAUCAUCAGUUAAGGGCAGUUGUGGUGACAGUUACCAAGGAGUGUAGUCCCCCCACCUGCCCAAUGAAAACAGCCCUAACCAGGGGUGGGGACCUUUGGGCUCUGACCUGAAGGGUAGGAGAAGCUGGAAGGACAGCAUUCCUGUCUGCGAAGGUAGGAGCAAAGCUGCUGGGCUGUGAAGGAACUGGCUGGAGCCUGAAGUCGUGCAAGCUGGGGCUGGCAGGGACAGGGCCAACUUCCAGGCCUGGGGGCCACCAUGAGGACUCAGGACGUGACCCCCAGGGCACAUGAAGGCCUUCCAUCUGUAUUUAAGAAAAGACUUUAUCAGACGAGUAUGGUGGCUUACACCCAUAAUCUCAGCAGUUUGGGAGGCCGAGGUGGGUGGAUCACGAGGUCAGGAGUUCAAGACCAGCCUGGCCAAUAUGGUAAAACCCCGUCUCUACUAAGACUACAAAAAUUAGCCAGGCAUGGUGGCACAUGCCUGUAGUCCCAGCUACUCGGGAGGCUGAGGCAGAAGAAUCACUUGAACCCGGGAGGCGGAGGUUGCAGUGAGUCAAGAUCGCGCCACUACACUCCAGCCUGGGUGACAGAGUGAGACUCCGUCUCAAAAAAAACCAAAAGACUUUAUCUUAUUUCCUAUAUGUUUGUGGUUUCAGUCCUGAUGUAUAAUUUGAUCCUAGUUAGAAUGGUUAUCUGAGGAAGUGGCCUGUACGAUUUCUGCUUUUUUAAAUGUGUGGCUCCCUUUCUUCAUUGAUUAACGUAUGAUUAUUUUUAUAAAUGUUCCAUGGCAGUGGGAAGGGAUUCCCUGUCACAUUCCACAUCUGGAUCAGUUCCUCCCCAUUUUGUUGGUCAAAUCCAGAUCUGCCAUAUCCUGUGUAAUGACAAGUGAGUUGCAUUGUCACCGUCACUCCUGGGGUCUCUCCGCUUGCCCUGAGCUGCCUCAGCAUCUGCUCCAUGUGUUUUGAUGCAGGGUGACCCACUGGUAUUCCCAACACUAACACCCCCAUCUGCGGACUGCUUGCUGCUUGGGCUUCACUGUGUCUGGUGUUGACAGUGCAAACCUAAAGGUGUGCACACAUGUGCACACACACUCCUCAGUCUUCUUGUUUGCACUGGACUCAAAUAUCUAUGAGGGUUAUUUUCAGCUGCUGAAUUUGGAAUGAUUUUUGUAUCUUUUCUGCUUUCUGCCCAUGUACAUGUGUUUAUUUUACACUGUUGUGAUUGGUAGUUACUAUGUGGGGACACAAUUACUUGGGCUGAAAUAAUCCACCUGUUCUGGUUGGGGUCCUCUGGGGCAUUCCAGAGUGAGAGGUUGUCACUGCCAUCUGGGCCAUGUGGGCCGGCACCAGCGUUUUGUGGUUAUGAAUUGUACAGUCACAAAUAUCUUUGGGCAAAUCCCCUUCUAUACCUCAAGGCAGCUUUUGGUUUGCAACCCCACUGGCCAGAGGGAAGGGCCAGUCACUUGGCUCUCCUCACCGCCCUGCGCCCUAGAUGGUUCUAGGGCUGCUGUUUUCCCUCGGCCCUGCCAACACCACUGUUUUUACUUCUGCUCAUUGGCUGAGUGCAGUGGUUCCUGGAAGCCGGUGGCACGUUUCCCCGCAUAGCUCGCUCAUCCCACAGCACACACCCGAGGGUCCUGUUGCUAACACGCUGAAUUAAUUCUUUGCUCAUCUUACAGAGUGUGUUUUGACUGCCCCCAUUUCUGAGGCCUUGUAAGGCCAGAGCUUUGUUGCUUCAUCGGCAGGUUGGGACUUAGAUGGCCGUGAACUUUUCCUCUCUGCUGCUGCAGUAAGUAAGUGCCCGCACCAUGGUAUGUUUGGGGGCUGAAGUUGAAGUGAGGCUGUGAGGGGAGAUGGACGUGUGAGGAGGGAUGGGGCAUGAGCGAGGUGGGGGAGGGGGCAAAGGCAGUUGGCCCAGCAGGUUCCCCACCCCUUUGAGAGGUCUGAGGCCUGCAGGCCUGGCUCGGAGCCCACCUGAUAGUCCUCGGACCGUGUGUACGUGUGUGUGUGCGCGCGCGUGCGUGCGUGUAAGAGAGAAGUUGUGGAGAAAUGGGGGGCUGAUUCUGCUCAGAUUCAUCAGGAUGAGUAGAAGGCACCCAGCUCUCACCCUGGCCUGACAUGGUGUCCCUGAGCAGGUUACAGCCCUCUCUGAGCCUCUGCUUCUCAUCUGGACCCUGCUGGGGAGGGCUUCGGAGCUCCUUAGCACUAGCAGGGGGGCUCCAGGGGCCCUCCCUCCAUGGCAGCCAGGACAGGACUCUCAAAUGAGAACAGCAGAGCUCGUGGGGGGCUCCCACGGACCCGCCGUGGGCCCAGGGGAGGCAGAGCCUGGGCCAAGAGCAGUGGUGCUGUGGACCGUGGAUCCUGAGGGUGGCCUGGGGCAAGUACUGCUGAGGGUCCAGGUGGGCUUCGUGUACCUUUGGGUCCUGGGGCCCUGGUGACUUGGACCUGUCCUCCCCAGAACUUGGACUCCAGUUUAGAGUCAAGUGACAGGAGAGAGGCUGGUGGGGCCCUGUGCUUCCGACUUCAUUUCGAGUGAUGGCAGUUCCCAGGAAGGAAUCCACAGCUGACGGUGGCUGACAGAUCAGAGAACGGAAGGCAAGGCAGGCGGGCGUCUGCGUGACCUCAGGUGCUUGGGGCCCAGCAGACCCAGAGAACCAUUUCCACUAGGCCAGGAUGCCGGAAGUGCCCACAGGUCUUAGAUUCCCUGUUCAGAUGAAAAGAUUUGUGCCUUUUAAUUAUGAAAGUGAUCUGCAUAGAGUCAAAAAUUCAAGCCAUGGGUAUAAAAUGCAAGUAAAAUCCCUGCCCUCACCUAUCCCACCCUACUACACAGAGAUGUCCUCUCAAGUUUCCUAGACUCUUUCUGGAAAUUUCUGUGUACACACAGAAGCUUGUGCCUCUGCUUGUGAAGGCCGAGGGGGAUAGAGCUGAAGGGCCAGCACCUUCUCACCUGUGGGCCCCCUCAGUGCUCGGUCCCAGAACAUGCAGGACUGUGCCUCAUGUUCAGUUUGCUGGUCUGACUUCAUGCUCCUCGGUCGGAUAUGUAUGUGCCAUGCUGGGAGACAUGUGGCUGUGAAGCUGGGGGACACUGUCCCCUGGCUGUGCCUUUGCAAGGGGAGUAAGGAAGGCAGGAGGUGAGCCUGGGAGGGAGGGAGGCGCGGAGCCGCCGCAGGUGUUUCUUUUACUGAGUGUGGCCCAUGGCCACACUCAGGUUUUGCUUUUCACCUUCCAAUCUGUGAAAGAGUGAGCAGGAAAAAGCAAAAGGCGCUGGUGGUGGCACGUCCAGCAUGGCUGGGCCGGGGUUCGAGUCCCCGCAGUGUUGCUGCUUCCUUCCAGCUCCCCGCUCCAGGCCUCUCCUCCCACCCCACCAGGGAUAUCUUGUCUCCUAGAGGGGUAGCAUUGGGUGGGGCACCCCAGGCCUCUCCCAGAAGCCCUCCUGCCCCGCUAUCCCCUCCCUCAUCCCCUGGGGCCCUGGGAAUAUAGCAGGGGACCUGGGGCCACAGGCAGCUGAUAACUUAGCCCCCUCAGCCACUCCUGUGGGAGAGGGAAGGGGACAGCUUGGGGGCUCUGCACCCAAGGCUGUGGGGCCUCCCUGGAGUAGCCCUGCCCCUCAUGGCAUACUCCCCACUGCCCUCUUCUUCCCAGGAUCAACUCACCGCUGCCCUCUCCACAUCUGAGGACCAGCGUGGCUCUUCCAGGGAGGGCUGGGGGAGAUGAGGUCCAAGGGGACAGGCCAGAAAUCCUGAGUCCUGGGCUGGAGAUGGGUGGGCAGACAGGGCCCAACGAACGGCCCUUGUGCAGGAAGGCAAACAGCUGGGACCACAAGGUGCCGGGUGGGACAGGGGAGUCAGCCUGCGCUCUCCAGGCGCCUGGGACCCAGGAGAUCCCCCCGGCUCAGCACCAGCAGAGGCAGCUGCUGUGAUCCUGGGUCAGCAGUUUCCUUCUCCCUUAGUCUCUGCCCCCUCCCAUCCCCAAGAGGGAGGCCAGGGGCUCACAGUCCAUUUCAUGGGCCAUGAUACUGAUGCUGUCUGCAGUUGGGGCAGCUUGCCUGACCACAAGGCUCUCCAGGGAGCCCCUGCCAAUCACUGUAAUAAUCUCCUUUAACAAGUCAGGCCCCAUAAGGAACAGCCAGAAGCAGGAGAGAGGUAUGCAGAGCUGGCCUAUGGAGGCUCGCCAUCUCUUCUGACCCCACAGAGCCCACUCAGAACACCACGCCCUAGUGGGUCUUCCCAGCCCAAACUCAAGUCGCAGGAUGGCACGGGUCCUCUACGGAGAGCUGGGCUCCCAUGGGGUGGAGGGAGCCCCAAACCUCAACAAGGCUGAGGGGAUGCAGUGUGCAGGGCCAGGGAAGGGAGCCAGGAGACAGAGGGGCGGGAAGCCAGUCAGCUUUGGUGGAGAGAAUCCUUCAUGAGGAGCCCUGGCUUGGGCCUCCUGGUCAAGGAGUGUUUGCAGCGAUCUGUAGUCCCUUAGCCCCUGGCAAGUUCUGGUGCCAGAAAAUCCCCUCUGGAGUUGGUGUCUCUCUCAUUCAAGGGGUGAGAAGAGGCAGCGUGAAGCCAAGGUCUUGGCCGGCCGUGCCUGGGUGGUGAGGCCACAAGUCCACCCCUGCCACCGCAAGGGCAGCAGGGAGGAGCUGCAGGAUCUGCUGUCCUUGGAUGUGAUCAGCCUGCCACUGGGGACCAACAGGCCUAGACUCAUACAUGAGCCAAGGCACAGAGCCCAGGACUGAAGACAGAGGAGCCACCACACGGCAAAAGAGCAUGGACCUCUGAGUGCCACCUAGCCUGUGGCCAGAGAAAGGGAGGUCAAUAGGGCCCAGCAGGGGCCUCAACCCUCCAGAGGACAAGAAGGGCAGCCCCUCCCAGGCCCUCACUCCCUCAGCCCAAAAGGGCAAAGACCAGAGUCUGAUCCGCCCACCCACUUCCCAGAUGUCUCCCUGUCUUCUCAUCAAGGUGGGUGAUGUUAUACGCAUCUGGGAGCCCCGCAGAAAGUAGCGCAGAUUGGAUGGAGGGCUCUGCAGAAGGUAAGGAUUAUAAGCUAAUUCUCCCGAGGCCUCAACCCCGCCAGUUGAGGAGCUGACUCCUCAAAGUCUGCAGAGGGUCAGUGUACCCAGCUGGCCAAGCCACCUCGAUGCUCCCAAAGCACAUGUCUCUUCUCAAGGUCUUUCCCCAACACCCCCCAACCACAAGCCCAGAUGUGAAGGUAGCUUUUUCUUUUUUUUUUUUUGAGAUGGAGUCUCGCUCUGUCACCCAGGCUGGAGUGCGGUGGCAUGAUCUCGGCUCACUGCAAUCUCCGCCUCCCAGGUUCACGCCAUUCUCCUGCCUCAGCCUCCCGAGUAGCUGGGACUACAGGCACCCACCACCACAACGGGCUAAUUUUUUAUAUUUUUAGUAGAAAGGGGGUUUCACCAUGUUAGCCAACAUGCUCUUGAUCUUAUGACCUAGUGAUCCGCCCGCCUUGGCCUCCCAAAGUGCUGGGAUUACAGUCGUGAGCUACCGUGCCCGGCCAGCUUUUUCUUUUUAUUUAUUUAUUUAUUUAUUUAUUUAUUUAUUGAGACAGAGUCUCACUGUCACCCAGGCUGAAAUGCAAUGGUGCGAUCUCUGCUCAAGGCAACCUCUGUCUCCCGGGUUCAAGCAAUUCUCGCGCCUCAGCCUCCCGAGUUGCUGGGAUUACAGGCACAUGCCACCACGCCCAAGCUAAUUUUUGUAUUUUUAGUAGAGACGGGGCUUCACCAUGUUGGCCAGGCUGGUCUCAAACUCCUGACCUCAAGUGAUCUGCCCAUCUCGGCCUCCCAAAGUGCUGGGAUUACAGGCGUGAGCCACCGUGCCUGGCCAAUUUUUUAUUUUUUAAAAUAGAGAUGGAGUCUCACUACAUGACCCAUGCUGAUUUUGAACUCCUGGGCUCAAGUGAUCCUCCCUCCUCAGCCUCCCAAACUCCUGGGCUCAAGUGAUCCUCCCUCCUCAGCCUCCCAAACUCCUGGGCUCAAGUGAUCCUCCCUCCUCAGCCUCCCAAACUCCUGGGUUCAAGUGAUCCUCCCUCCUCAGCCUCCCAAACUCCUGGGCUCAAGUGAUCCUCCCUCCUCAGCCUCCCAAAGUGCUGGGAUUACAGGUGUGAGACACCCUCCCCAGCCUUUUUUUUUUUUUUUUUAAUAGAUUCAGGGGGUACACAUGCAGGUUUGUUUUAUGGAUAUAUUGCAUAAUGCUGGGGUUUUGGCUUCUGGUGAACCCAGCCCCCAAAUAGUGAACAUGGUACCCAAUAGGUAGUUUUUCAACCCUUGCCCCUCCCGCUCUGUUCCCACUCUUGGAGUCCCCAGUGUCUGUCGUUUCCAUCUUUAUGGCCAUGUAUACCCAUUGUUUAGCUCCCACUUACUAUAUAAGUGAGAACAUGUGGUAUUUGAGUUUGUUUCUGCAUUAACUCACUAGGAUAAUGAUCUCCAGCUGCAUCCACUUGCUGCAAAGGACGUGAUUUCAUUCUUUAUGGAAGAGCCCCACCCCUACACCCCAUGGUCCGCUGUGUCCGACUGCUGGAAACGGGAUCUGUGGUGAGAUACCUCAGCACAAGCAUAUGCAGGCCUGUGGUAGAGGCCGGAAGUAGGGCCCUUUGUCUCCAAGAAUGGGCAGACUCUCAACAAGUGAAAGAAAAACAGCACUCCAGGAAGCCCGCUCUCUCUCCAACUCCGUGGGACCGACUAGAGUACGAUGAGGACCGACUAGAGCACGCUGAGGACCGUCCAGAGCGCCCCCUCGGAGAGCCGGAGGGCUUCCAGGACGGCGCCCGCGCAUGCGCGGACGGCGAGGGGCGUGGCGAGGGGCGUGUCACCUACAUGCAGCUGUUUAUCCGCGCCCGGGAGCUGCACACUCUUGAAGUGACCGGCCUAAAGACGGUUGCCCAGAUCAAGGCCCAUGUAGCAUCCCUGGAGGGCCUCAUCACUGAAGAUAAGGUCGUGCUUCUGGCAGGUUCCCCCUUACAGGAUGAAGCCACCCUGGGUCAGUGUGGGGUGGAAGCCCUGACGACCCUGGAAGUGGUUGGCCGCAGGCUAGGAGAUGGUGAGUUUAUAAAAGACUGUCUAUUGAGUGCAGCGGAAAUCAUGUGUCCUGAACAGAAAGAAGCAUUUGCAACCAUAAGCCUAACCAGAAAUACUGUUGCUCAGAGAGUAAAAGAUAUGGCUGAGAAUUUACAGGACAAGUUGUGAGAAAAAGUGAGAUCAUUUGUGACAUUUUCUAUUGCAGUUGAUAAGUGCACAUAUAUAAAUAAUACAAGUCAGUUAAUUAUGUUUAUCCGUGGUGUUGAUGAGAAUUUUGAUAUCACUGAAGAUCUUUUAGACAUGGUACCUAUGGCAGAUCCAACCACUGAAAGUGACUUAUUUUUGUAUGUUGAAAAAAGUCGGCCGGGCACAGUAGCUCAUGCCGGUAAUCCCAGCACUUUGGGAGACCAAGGCAGGCGAAUCACGAGGUCAGGAGAUCGAGACCAUCCUGGCUAACACGGUGAAACCCCAUCUCUACUAAAAAAUAUAUAUAUAAAAAAAUUAGCCAGGCGUGGUGGCAGGCGCCUGUAGUCUCAGCUACUCGGGAGGCUGAGGCAGGAGAAUGGCAUGAACCUAGGAGGCGGAGCUUGCAAUGAGCUGAGAUCAUGCCACUGCACUGGGCGACAGAGCAAGACUCUGUCUUGAAAAAAGAAAAAGAAAAAAAAGUCUCGAAAAGUUUAAUGUUGACUGGUCAAAAUUAGUAAGUGUGACCACAGAUGGUGCCCCUGCAAUGGUCUGUGAUAACACUGGACUUGUUACGAAACUUAAAUCCAAGGUCAAAAUGUUUCAAAAGAAUACAGAACUGAAAUCCACUGACUGCAUUAGUCACCAGAAAUUGUUUUGUACUAAAAAGUUAAAACUAGCCGGGUAUGGUGGCUCACGCCUGUAAUCCCAGCACUUUGGGAGGCCGAGGCAGGUGGAUCACCUGAGGUCAGGAGUUUAAGACCAGCCUGGCCAACAUGGCGAAACCCCAUCUUUACUAAAAAAUACAAAAAUUAGCUGGACGUUGUGGCGGGUGCCUGUAAUCCCAGCUACUCGGGAGGCUGAGGCAGGGAGAAUUGCUUGAACCUGGGAGGAGGAGGUUGCAAUGAGCCGAUAUCACGCCACUGCACUCUAGCCUGGUCGAAAGAGCGAGACUCCGUCUCAAAAAAGAAAGAAAGAAAGAAACCCCAUCUCUACUAAAAAUACAAAAAUUAGCCAGGCGUGGUGGCACGCACCUGUAGUCCCAGCUACUCGGGAGAUUGAGGCAGGAGAAUCACUUGAACCCAGGAGGCAGAGGUUGCAAUGAGCCAAGAUAGCGCCACUGCACUCCAGCCUGGGUGACAGAGCGAGACUCGGUCUCAAAAAAAAAAAAAAAAUCCUCCCUAUUCAAAUUAUUGUGUGUUUUUUUUCUUUGCUGAUUGGACCCAGACUGACAAUGGUCCUGUUUCUUAUCUGUCCUGGGAUUCCCCUGAAAGAAGAUUUGGAUUUGGGGCAACAAAGAGGACAGAUGUUCACAUACACAGGACUUUGCCUUUCCCUGGGUCAGCAAGGCACCUAAUGGAGAACAAGUGUCCCUGGCCGGAUAACAGGCAUACAUACAGGCUGUUACUAUGUUAAUUCACGUUGGUUUUUUGUUUGUUUGUUUUGUUUUGUUUUUGUUUUUUUGAGACAGAGUCUCACUCUGUCUCCAGGCUGGAAUACAGUGGCGUGAUCUUGACUUAUUGCAACCUCCGACUCCCUGGUUCAAGCGAUUCUCCUGCCUCAGCCUCCUGAGUAGCUGGGACUACAGGCGUGCGCCACCAUGCCCAGCUAAUUUUUGUAUUUGUAGUAGACAUGGGGUUCCACCAUGCUGGCCAGGAUGGUCUCGAUCUCCUGACCUUGUGACCCACCUGCCUUGGGCUCCCAAAGUGCUUGGAAUUAUAGGCAUGAGCCACCACGCCCUGCUAUGUUGAUCUUAACUAAUCACCAUUGUGCCUCAAUUUUUAGUUAAUGAUAGCAGAAAAAAGAUGGGCCAAUUCAACAAAUAUUUGUGGAGAAUGUACCAUGGGCAAGGCUCCUCUCUGAGGGCAAGUCAUUUCUGUCACUUGUUCAUUCCGUGACCUUGACCUGGUCAUCUUGCCCUCUGAGUUUUGCCUUCAUCCAUAAAAUGAGGCUAGUAUCACAUGUAUUAUCUAUUGCUGCAUAAAAGUUACCUCAAAGUGUAGUAGCUUAAACCAACAAAUAUUUAUUAUUUCUCUGGUUUCUGUAAGUCAAGAAUCUGGGAGUGGUUUAGCUGGGAGGUUUCAGCUCAGGGUCUUAUUUUUGUUUUGUUUUGCUUUCUUUGAGACGGAGUCUCGCUCUUGUUUCUUAGGCUGGAGUGCAAUGGUGCAAACUUGGCUCACUGCAACCUCUGCCUCCCAAGUUCAAGUGAUUCUUCCGCCUCAGCCUCCCGAGUAGCUGGGAUUACAGGUGUGUGCCACCACGCGAGCUAAUUUUUUGUAUUUUUAGUAGAGACAGGGUUUCACAAUGUUGGCCAGGCUGGUCUUGAACUCCUGACCUCAGGUGAUCCACCUGCUUUGGCCUCCCAAAGUGCUGGGAUUACAGGGAUGAGCCACCGUGUUUGGCCCAGGGUCUCUUAAGAGAUUGCAAUCAUUUGAAAGCUUUGAGUUAACUUGUACGCAGCAAUAGAUAACUUACACAUGUGGUCGUAGCCUCAUCACUGGGGUUAGAGGAUCCACAUGAGAAAGAGCUCAUUCACACAGCUGUUGGCAAAAGGCCUCAGCUCCUGGCAACAUGGAGGCUGCCUUUCCCUGCAACAAGUGAUCAGAGAAACAGAGAGAGCACACUGAUCGGCACCGUAUCUUUAUAACCUAGUCUUGGAAGCGACACAGCAACACUUCUUUCAUAUUCUGUUGGCCACUGUAUUAACCAUGCCUUUGAUUUUCUUUAUUCUGAUGCUUUGACAUCUGGAGCCCUGCUGACCCUACGGGAGGGACCACCUCUCCCAAGCUUCCAGUUCUUAGGGAUAGAGAACAACUCACCUGAGAGUGUGCUUUUCUAAUGCAAACCAACCAGUCCAGAGCACACACCCCCCACCAUCUCCUUUAUCAUGUUUUCCCACUUCAGGCUGCAAGUCACUACCCUAAUCACCCCAGGGCGGGGUACCAGACUAAAGAGACAGCCCCUGUGCCUGAAAUUGACCAAUCCUGAAACUAGCCAGUCCUAAAACUGCUUAUCCUGUCCUGCCCGCCCCUUCCCUCAGAAACCACAAGAAAGGCUCUUGCAGGUCAAAACGCAGUAGCUCACGCCUGUAAUCCCAGCAUUUUGGGAGGCCGAGGUGGGGGGAUCACAAGGUUAGGAGAUUGAGACCAUACUGUCCAACAUGGUGAAACCUCAUCUCUAAUAAAAUACAAAAACUUAGCCAGGCGUGGUGGCUCAUACCUGUAGUCCCAGCUAAUCGGGAGGCUGAGGCAGGGGAAUUGCUUGAACCCGGGAGGCGGAGGUUGCAGUGAGCCAAGAUCGCGCCACUGCACUCCAGCCUGGGCGACAGAGCGAGACUGUGUCUCGAAAAAAAAAAGAAAGGUUCUUGCACAGCUCCCAUCUUCCCCUCUUUCCCCUCUGUCUCUUGACCAACACCCUCCUCCACCAUGGCAUGCACGCCCCUUCCUUUUGAGAAAUGCAACAAGCUCUCCAGUGGUCAUCAUCUCCUGCUCUGUUGGCCUUACUGGCCUUCAAAUUUUCUAUUCGAACAUUACAUAUUUAUUUAUUUACUUUGAGACAGGGUCUCCCUCUGUUGCCCAGGCUGGAAUGCAGUGGUGCCAUCUAGGUUCACUGCAACCUCCACCUCCCGGGUUCAAGCAUUUCUCCACCUCAGCCUCCUGGGUAGCUGGGAUUACAGGCGCACACCACCACGCCCGGACCAUUUCUGUGUUUUUAGUAGAAAUGGGGUUUCGCCAUGUUGGUGUUGGCCAGGCUGGUCUUGAACUCCUGACCUCAAGCGAUCUUCCCACCUCAGCCUCCCAAAGUGCUGGGAUUACAGGUGUGAGCCACCCACCAUGCCUGGCCUAUUCAUGCAUUACAUUUUAGAACCAUCACACAGAAUCACACAUCAACUCGGAUACAGCGUGGGAGGGGACUACACAAGGAUGUCAAUACCAGGAGGUGGGGAAUCACUGGAGCUAGAAGCUGCCCACCACACUACCUAUUUCCCGUGGGAAAAAUAAAAUAAGAUAAAUAUAUGUAAAAGACCCUCCUAGUACAGUGAUCCAAACACACAGUUAAAAGAAGUCUGAGACCAGGCGCGGUGGCUCACGCCUGUAAUCCCAUCACUUUGGGAGGCCGAGGCGGGCGGAUCACCUGGGGUCAGGAGUUUGAGACCAGCCUGGUCAACAUGGUGCAACCCUGUCUAUACUAAAAAUAUAAAAAUUAUCUGGGUGUGGUGGCAGCUGUCUGUAAUCCCAGCACUUUGAGAGGCAGAGGCUGGUGGAUCACUUAAGGUCAAGAGUUCGAGACCAGCCUGGCCAGCAUCAAAAUCCUGUCUGUACAAAAAAUACCAAAUAGCUACUAGGGAGGCUAAGGCACAAGAACUGCUUGAACCUAGGAGGCAGAGGUUGCAGUGAGCCAAGAUCGCGCCACUGCACUCCAGCCUGGGUGACAGAGCGAGACUCUGCCAAAAAAAAAAAAAAGUAAUUUAGCAAUGUUGCAAGUUGUAAGAUCAAUACAAAAAUCAAUAUUAUUUCUAUAUACUGUCAAUGAAACACUGGAAAUUGAAAAUUUUAAAACAUAAUACAGCCAAAUGUGGUGGCUCAUGGCUAUAAUCCUGUACUUUGGGAAGCUGGUGCUGGAGGAUUGCUUGAGGCUGGGAGUUCAAGACCAGCCUGGGAAACAUAGUGAGUAGUGAGACCCUUGUCUUUACCAAAAAAAAAAAAAAAAAAAAAAUUAUAAUGCUGUCUGUCAGCAAAAUCAUAUAUAUUUUUUUAAUUUAGCCAGGUAUGGUGGUGGGCAUCUGUAGUCCCAGCUCCUGAGCUGAGGCUGAGGUAGGAGGAUCACUUGAGCCCAGGAGUUUGAGGCUGCAGUGAGCUAUGAUAAUGCCACUGCACUCUAGCCUGGGCGACAAGACUGAGACCUUCUCUCUCAAAAAAAAAAAAAAAAAAGAUAAUACCACUUACAAUAUCAUUUAAAAAUGAAAUACCUAGGAAUGAAUUUGAAAAGCCAUUGACCUGUCCUCUGAAAAUCACAAAGCAUUACUGAGAGAUUACCAGAUAAAUAGAGAUUUACCAUCUCAAUAUUGAACUGAGAUAUACCAAACUCAUAUGAUGAUUCUUCCAAAAUAAACUAUUCAAUGCAAUACCAGUCAAAAUCCCAGUAGGCUUUUUAAUACAAAUUGACAAGCUCGUUCCAAAAUUCUUGUGGUAAUGCAAAGGACCUAGAAUAGUCAAGACAAUGUUGAAAAUAAUAAAACUGGAAAAGUUAAACUACUUGACUUAUAUAACCAAGACUUAAUAUAAAAUUACAGAAAUGAGCCAGGCGUGGUGGCUCACGCCUGUAAUCCCAGCACUUUAGGAGGCCAAGGUGGGCGGAUCACCUGAGGUCAGGAGUUCAAGACCAGCCUGGCCAAUAUAGUGAAACCCCAUCUCUACUAAAAAUACAAAAAUCAGCCGGGCAUGGUGGUUGGCACCUGUAAUCCCAGCUACUUGGGAGACUGAAGCAGGAGAAUCACUUGAACCCAGGAGGCGGAGGUUGCAGUGAGCCGAGAUCGUGCCAUUGCACUCCAGCCUGGGGGACAAGAAUGAGACUUCGUCUCAAAAAAAAAAAAAAUUAGCUGGGCAUGGUGGUGGGCACCUGUAAUCUCAGCUACUUGGGAGGCCGAGGCAGGAGAAUCGCUUGAAUCCAGGAGGCAGAAAUUGCACUGAGCUGAGAUCAUGCCAUUGCACUCCAGCCUAGGCAACAAGAGUGAAACUCCAUCUGAAAAAAAAAAAAUUACAGAAAUUUGGGUGGACACGGUGGCUCACGCCUGUAAUCAUGGCAUUUUGAGAGGCUGAGGUGGGCAGAUCACCUGAGGUCAGGAGUUAGAAACAGACCAGCUUGGCCAACAUGGCGAAAGACCAUCUGUACUAAAAAUGCAAAAAUUAAGCCGGGCACGGUGGCUCAGGCCUGUAAUCCCAGCAUUUUGGGAGGCCGAGGCGGGCGGAUGAUGAGGUCAAGAGAUCGAGACCAUACUGGCCAACACGGUGAAACCCUGUCUCUACUAAAAAUACAAAAAAUUAGCUGGGCAUGGUGGCGCGCACCUUUAGUCCCAGCUACUCGGGAGGCUGAGGCAGGAAAAUCGCUUGAACCUGGGAGGUGAAGGCUGCGGUGAGCUGAGAUCGCGCCACUGCACUCCAGCCUGGCAACAGAGCGAGACUCCAUCUCAAAAAAAAUAAAUAAAUAAAAAUAAAAAAAUAAAAAUGCGAAAAUUAGCUGGGCAUGGUGGCAGGCACCUGUAAUCCCAGCUACUCAGGAGGCUGAGGUGGGAGAGUCGCUGGAACCCAGAAGGCGGAGGCUGCAGUGAGCCAAGAACACACCACUGCACUCCAGCCUAAGUGACAGAGUGAGACUCAGUCUCAAAAAAAAUAAAAUUACAGAAAUUGGCUGGGCAUGGUGGCUCAUGCCUGUAAUCCCAGCACUUUGGGAGGUCGAAGUGGGAUGAUCACUUGAGGCCAGGAGUUUGAGACCAGUCUGAGCAACACAGCGACACCCCGUCUCUAAAAUAAGUAAAUAAAUAAAAUUACAGCAAUCAAGAUAGUGUGGUAUCGGCACAAAUUAGACAAAGGCUGAGGCAGGCGGAUCACUCGAGACCAGCCUGGCCAACAUGGUAAAACCCCGUCUCUACUAAAAAUCCAAAAAAAUUAGCCAGGUGUGGUGGUAGGCACCCUGUAGUCCCAACUACUUGGAAGGCUUAGGCACAAGAAUCACUUAAAUUCAGGAGGCAGAGGUUGCAAUGUGCCGAGAUCACGCCACUGCACUCCAGCCUGGGUGACAGAGUAAGACUGAAAAAAAAAAAAAAAAAAAAAAAACCUCAAAAGAGAAAUAAGCCAUGUGGUGGCUCAUGCCUGUAAUCACAGCACUUUGGGAGGCUAAGGCGGGAGGAUUGUUUCAGUCCAGGAGUUUGAGACCUGCCUGGUUAACUAGUGAGACUCCAUCUCUACAAAAAAUAAAAGUUAGCUGGGUGUGGUGGCAUGCACCUGUAGUCCCAGCUACCUGGGAAAUUGGGAGGCUGAGGCGGGAGUAUCACUUGAGCCAAAGAGUUUGAGGCUGCAGUGAGCCAAGAUCACACCAUUGCACUCCAGCCUGCAUAACAAGGUAAGACCCUGUUUGUUUGUUUGUUUGUUUUAAAAAAAAAAAAAGAUAGACAAAUAGAUUAACGGAACAAAACAGAAAGUCUACAAAUAUAUCCAUACAUAUAUGAUUAAUUAAUAUUUGACAAAAGUCAAAAGGCAAUUUAGUGGACAAAGGACAGUGUUUUCUUUUUUUGAGAUAGAGUUUCACUCUUGUUGCCCAGGCUGGAGUGCAAUGGCGCGAUCUCAGCUCACAGCAACCUCCACCUCCCGGAUUCAAGUGAUUCUCCUGCCUCAGCCUCCCUAGUAGCUGAGAUUACAGCUGCCCACCACCACACCCAGCUAAUUUUUUGUAUUUUUAGUAGAGACAGGGUCUCUCCAUGGGGUCUCUCCAUGUUGUUCAGGCUGGUCUCAAACUCCCGACCUCAGGUGAUCUGCCCACCUCGGGCAACAGAGCGAGACUCUGUCUCAAAAAAAAAAAAAAAAAAACUUUAGGCAUGGUGGUGGUGCACGUGUAGUCCCAGCUACUUGGGAGGCUGAGAUGGGAGGAUCACUUGAGCCUGGGAGGUGGAGGCUGCAGCAAGCUAUGAUUAUGACACUGCACUGCAGCCUGGAUGACAGAGUGAGACCCUGUAUCAAAAAAAGGAAAAGAGAAAGAACUUCUGUUCUUCAAAAAAAAACAUUUUUAAGAGAAUGAAGACGGCCAGGUGUGGUGGCUCACGCCUGUAAUCCCAGCACUUUGGGAGCCUGAGGCAGGCAGAUUGCCUAAACUCAAGAGUUCAAAGGCCGAUGGUGUCUCACGCCUGUAAUCCCAGCACUUUGGGAGGCCGAGGCAGGUGGAUCAUCUGAGGUCAGGAAUUUGAGACCAGCCUGACCAACACAGAGAAACCCUGUCUCUAGUAAAAAUACAAAAGUUAGCCAGGCGUGGUGGUGCAUGCCUGUAAUCCCAGCUACUCUGGAGGCUGAGGCAGGAGAAUUGCUUGAACCUGGGAGGUGGAGGUUGCGGUGAGCCGAGAUCACGCCAUUGCAAAAAAAAAAAAAAAAGAGUUCGAGAUCACCCUGGGCAACAUGGUGAAACCCCAUCUCCACUAAAAUACAAAAAAUUAGCUAGGUGUGGUGGCGUACGCCUGUAGUCCCAGCUACUCAGGAGGCUGAAGCAGGAGAAUUGCUUGAACCCGGGAGACAGAGGUUGCAGUGAGCCGAGAUUGUGCCACUGCACUGCAGCCUGGGCAACAGAGUAAGACUCUGUCUAAAAAAAAAAAAAAAAAAAAAAAAAAAACCUG